AUGGAGGUAAUGGAGGAUGGAAAUUUAAUGGAUAAAGUUCAGAUUUUAAUACAACGUGAUAUGGAAUACUAUAAGGCAAACCAAUCUGUUUUACAAGAAACACUUUGUCCUGGCAUCAUUGGAGGGCGAUUAGAUUUUCCUAGAUCGGCAUCAUUUGCAGCUGUAAAGUUGGUAAUCUGGUGGGAAGAAGAAUAUGUCGCUGCUUAUCGCAAGCCAUCAGGUUUUUUUCAAAAAAACAAUGAAGGCACGAGAGAUAGCAUAGAGACAUCUGGUGGUUGUGGUGGCAUAGCUCGUUCGUCAGAUCCAUCGAAGUUUAUAGAUGCACUUAGUAAAUCUGCUGAAGAAAUGCUUGAACAUUUGCAUAUUUUAACUCAAGAAGCUCUGGAUCAUGCGGAUUUAACUGUCCUGACAGGUACAAUUGGCGCCGCAGCUUUGCUUAAGAAUAGUUUGUGGUAUUACACACAAAUUUUAGUGGACUCUAAUAAUAUUUCAAUAAAGUCACUCCAAAGAGGUUACAAAAAAUACAAGGAAAUGUGCGAAGCUCUGGCCGAAAGACUUUUGGAUUUGCAUUGUAGGCUUGUAUCCUUAUAUAUUUUGCAAGAUGCUAUAUGUCUGGAUUGGCAAAGCAAUAAAGCAUUCUUUGAAUCCGAAAGAGGGUCUUACGUAAUACAAAUGUGGUGGUUAUAUAUGCAAGGUACAAGAGAAGAUCUCUGGAGCACUGUACCUCCAAAAAUGGCUCAACGAAUAUUUAGUGGAAUGCUUAAUGAGUCUUUAACAAUAUUAACUACCCGAUAUACACAUUGCUUGCCCUCAAAAGAAAGAAGUCAACUUUUACUGGUUGACAUAAGUAAUCUGCUCUUAUGUGUGGCACAGCUUUUACCUGCGAUUUGUGACUCAGCAGACGAGCUUGUCAAUUUUCCGGUUAACAGCCAAAAUAAAAUAUUACGAGAUAUACAUUUAAAAUGUGAAGAGUUAUUUAUAUCUUUUGUUAUGAGAGGAUCUACCAUUGAUGCUUUAAAUAAGGUUUUCGGCAAAGAGAAAGAUAAUGUUAAUCUCUUUAGACCUAGAAUUGCAGGUAUGGCAGGAUGGAUAACCUUUUUUUUACCUAAUAUUUUAAGGAACACUAACUGUAAUAAGGAUAAAUUACAUUAUUUUGAGAGUCAAACUCGUCUUGCCAUUGAUUUAAUAGUUUUACUAGGUCAGCCACAGCCCAAUUGGGCAUUAUUAUUAAAGGUACUAUGCAGUAAUAACUUCCUAAUACCACAUUUGCUACUAACUAAAUUUUUGGAUAAAUUUAAUAAAAAACAAACGCCUUUACAUCCGAAAGCGUUUGAAUGUGGAAAAAUAUUAUGUCCCGCAGACGGCAGUUGUAGGGAUGUAGAUUCUACUUCAGAUGACCUAAAUUUCAAUCACGAUUACAAUAUUAUAUAUUCUGCGGUUCAGAUUAUUAUUUAUUUAGGAAGUGAUGAAGAACUUAAGCAGUUAAUGAUGGAAUUUAUUAUGAAAAAUCCUGAGUGGGUAAUAUGCUUCGAAAGAUAUAAUGUAUGGAAUCAAAUUCGGUUUCCAUGGUUCGAAGCAAUUUUAAGUCUGGCUGAUCCUAUCCGUUCUGUAGUCAGAGAAACGGUAACAAAUGCUUUGAAAACGGGAGCGACGAUGUAUCAGGCAAUGUCUUUGAUUUUGGUUUGCCUUAGCCAGUUUUGGGAUAUGAUAGAUCCCUGCCUGUUAAGAAUAUCUUGUAUAAUUCAAGACAUUAUACCAUCAAGUGUUAGACCUAAUAGUCAAUCUGUCCUGAUGCAAAUCCUUACAAGUUCCUUGUAUUCUGAUUUUGUGGAUAUGUCAAAAAAGGGAUCUGCGAAAAAAGAAGUUACAUUUAAGGAUGUGAAAGGCAAAGAAGAUGAUAUUUCCAGUAUUCCAAUCACUGGAGGAUUAGAAGAUGAUUUAAUUGGAUCUACUAUGCUUGCUGCAGCAGAAGGAAUAUGCAGUAUUGAUGAAGAUAACAAGCAUACAGAUCAAAUAGCUGAGUUCUUAAAUCAAGUUGCUGGUAAAAAGGAUGAAUUUAUGUCUACCUGUAAUACUGGAUCAGAGAGAGUAAACCAAAAUCCACAACUAACCGAAAUUUUGGUCAGUGAUUUAUUAAUGGAUCGCCAAGCAAAAAAAAGUUUAAAUACAUUGUUUCGAUUUAUUAAACAUAACUGCCAGUGGCUGUAUGGAAAGCUUGGUAUUAUAGAUAUUAUAGACCAAAAACUGCCGAAUACUGUACUAGCUCCUACUGAACCAAUCUUACACAAAAUGUUUCAUAUUGGAUACUAUCCUUUCGAUGAAGUUCUAACCAAAAGCUUAAAUCCGGACUGGCAAUAUCUCUUACAAACCCCUAUAGGCUUAACUUUGCAAAAAGCUUGGAUUCAAAUUUCUCAACGAUGGGAAUUCCAAAACACCUCUACGAUGCACAUUUCAGCUCAGGAUCUAGAAAUUAUUAAUUAUUUGUCAGCAUUGUUAAAACAGUAAUAAAAUACUUUGUGGAUCAAUAAUAAAA